AUGAGCGUCGCUGGGACGAUUCCCUGCUGGGGGCAGAACAUUGCGGAGAUCCUGGGGUUGAACAGGAGCCCGGAGAAGAUGGUGGAGGAAGACUCCAUGAUAGAGGAAGACUUGAAAUAUGCGUAUGAUGCUGUCCGGGUCUCCAAUAAGCUACUCAAGAGCCAGCUGCAGGAGCAGCAGCAGGAGCUGGAAGGUCUCCGCCUGGACAACUGCUCCCUGAAGCAGCUGAGCAAGCAGCAGCAGAGCCUGAUCCAGGACCUGCAACUGCAGCAGGAGGAGGGCGGGCUCCAGCACCAGAUCGUCCAGCUGAAGAGAGAGAACCUGGAUCUGAAGGGUCAGCUGGAGAUGCAGGAGAAGAACAUGCUCAAGCUUCAGAAGCAGCUGAAAACCUCCAUGAAGCAAAUCCAGGAUCUCACAGCAAGCGGAGAGGCCCGGUUGCUGGAGCAGACGGUGGAAGAGAUGGAAAGGCCCUUCGAUGUCCCGUGCCCAGCGGGGGCAUUCGGGGGCAUGCUGGGGUGCAAAGCAGAGGAUGAAGGGCGCCACAUCAGGACCAUCAUCACAGAUUUCAAACCGCAGCACAGCCCCGGCGCC